CAUUUACAGUUGUGUGCGAUUGCUUGACAAAUCGAAACUUGGCCAUAAAACUUCAAACAAACUUCCUGAUGUAAUACAUUAGCACAAAUCGGCGGGAAGACAGCAUUCACGACGUCGUGCUGCUCGCAUUUUCGAUUUUAUUUCGGACGCGGAUUGUCGAGGAACGGGAAUCCAAUUAGAAUGUCAGCCAGCGCAGUUGUUCGCUCCCCCGCGCAGCAUCGCCGCACCCUUCCCACUCCCCCUCCCCCUCCCUUUGAUUCCAAACUCCCCCUUAACCGGCAGCAACAACAACCAAAUGAACAGCAACAAAAACCACCACCAGCAGUCCAAUCGAUGCUUAUUGAGGACGAGGUUCAUGGAGUAAUUGAACUGCCCAGCCAUAUUCAGGAGAUCGUGGAGCAUCCUCUUUUUCAGCGACUUAAAAAGGUCCACCAACUGGGUCUCAUACCAUGGUCCCUCGAUAAGAAGGCCAAUCACAAGCGAUUCGAUCAUUGCCUUGGAGCCUACAAAAGUGCGCAGGAUCAUCUAAGGGCCAUCGAACGAAACUCGCACUAUGAGCCAAAACUACCGGAUUGGUGUCGUCAGGCGGUGGAGAUAGCUGCCCUUCUUCACGAUAUAGGACAUGGACCGAUGUCACAUGCUUGGGAGUUUGCGUGCCAUCAUAGUUUUGAUCACGAGCAAAACGCAUUGGCCUGUGUGGAUCUCAUUUUUAAAGAUGCCGUUAAUCAGGAGCUGGUCUCCUUAAGGGACGAUGGUAGCGGGCGAGGAGUUCAAUUGAUAAAGGCUUUGAUUCUGGGAUGCAGUGACUCUCUUUCGUUUCCCAUGAUGGGUCAUACUUACAUCCUUGAUAUUGUUCAUAAUCGUCGCUGCGGAUUGGAUGUAGAUAAAUGGGAUUACCUGCGCCGCGAUAACAAUCGCUUGAAAGUCCUCAACUCAGCGGAAAUGGAUUUUAAUGAUGUGUUUCUUCAGGCCCGCAUAUCGGCCGAUGGACAACGCAUAGAGUAUCGUUAUCAGGACUUUCAUCGUAUAUAUCGCUUGUUCGAGGCCAGAACGCGGCUCCAUGUGGCUGCUUAUCAAAGUCCCCGUACAUGUGCCAUGGAUGGUAUUUUUGCCAGUGCAGUACAACGGUUGGCUCCUGAUCUCCUUAACAUUCGAUCGGAUAACCCAGAAUGGCUAAAACUGCACGAUGAUCAUGUUUUACAUGUAAUUGAAAAGGAUCCCAUAUCGACAUAUAUAAAGAAUCCCCAAAGAAUUGUAGAAGUAUCAAGCAAAGAUUCUUCCGCAUUGAAUAUCAUACGGGUGCAUAGGGAAAUACCCGGUCCUUGGGAGGCUAUGAAAUCAGAAGAGGCUUUCGCGUUGUUUGGCAAUAAGCGCAAAAAGCGUCCAGUUAAUCGAUGCGCGAGACCGACAAUAAUAAACAAGUGCUAUAAGUUAGAGUAAAAAUCUCCAGCAGAGAAUUUCCAGUUCAUAGAAUAGUUUAUGUAAAAACCACCAACCAAUCGUUCUUUUUCCUUAAAUUCGCUAUAUAUAUUUAAACCGACAUAUUCUCAUGACAUUAUAUAUAAAUACUCGAAAUGCUGUUUACGUUUUUUAACCCAUUAUCGUUGGUUUUAUAAGUUAAUUUUGUUAUUAGUAUUUUGUGUUUUCCGUUUCAUAGUUAAAAUAGUAAAAAAGUACAAAAGCAAAGUGUUCUUAAAAUAUUCAUUUAUUAGUUUAUACAUUGUAUUAUCAUAAUCGUCUUAAAACUAAAAUACUAAAACAAAAAUUUCAACAGUUCACUUGAAGACAUCACAAUACAAAUUCAGGUCUUUCUAAUAUUAAGUACUUACUAAUCAAUAUAAAUAUAAGAUGGAUUUGUCAUAUUUUUGAUAACCAUUUUGAAAUAUACACAAGAAAAACAA